GACAUUAGAUCUCUAUCACCACAAAACCCUCUCAAAUGAACUAAAAUUACAGUCAAACAUAGCAAGUGAAAUCCUCAAAAUCUCACAGCAAAUGGGUGGUUAGUGUUUCCAACAAUGGAGAUUUGAGAAUUCUCGCAUUACAAAUUCAAUAUUUCGAGCCAGCAUCUCCGCAAUUGAGCUUCGAAUUGCGAUAAUUUACGUCUUCAUUUUCAAUUUUCCGAUAAAAAUCGAAUCUUUUUUCGCCCCCUUCUGAAUUUGGUGGGAAAAGGGUUUGGAUAUUUCUGUACCAAUUUCCUCUGUCACUCACGACAACCGCGUUUGAAUGUGUUGAGUUGAGAGCUCAGAAUUUCAUGGAUAGUGUUCGUUUUUUACAUCGGUGAAAUUUUCUCGUAGUGUUAGCUAAUCUAAUCAGCAGGAUUUUGCAGCUUUGGGUGAAGUGGGAAUGGGUAAUUAGGGUUCACGAGCAGCUGAUUUUGUAUGGCGACGGCUCCUGCGGUGUCAAUUCAGUGGAUUCCUGAAGAUGACCUCUUGCUGAAGAAUGCUGUUGAGGCUGGUGCAUCGUUGGAAGCACUUGCCAAAGGUGCAGUGCUGUUUUCUCGUAGAUACAGUUUACGAGAGCUGCAAGAGAGAUGGCACUCGCUUCUCUAUGAUCCUGAUAUUUCAGCCCAAGCUGCUGCUCAAAUCUUUGAACUUGAGAUUUCUGGUAUCAACCAUGCAUCGAAAUUUAACAGAGCUGAGAACCACACCAUAGGAGGUAAAGAGGUUGCGCAAAAGAGGAAACAUGCGAGCAUCCGUCGAAAAUAUUAUGCCAUGAGAAAGAAAUUCCGUAAUGAAUUAUUCAGCAACAGCAAUUUGGGAAUUUUUGAACCCAAUCCUCAUGAAUUCAGUGAGCAAAGUACUGAUUUUCAGAAACAAGUGAUGCAUGAUGCCAUACCUGACCAUCUAUUACUUCAGGAAGAGGACAUAGAUAUUUUGCGGCAUGCCUUUCAGGGUCCAAUAAGGGAUAUUUCUGUGGCAUCACGUGCAAAUAAUGCGCCGGGAGGCUAUGGAUUUGAUGGCGAUGCCACUUCCUCACUAAUAGAAGGUGGAAAUGAUAUUUUAGAGGUUGAUAUCAAAAACAGAAAAAGUUCCAUUGAUGAGAAUCCUCAUAAUUCUUCUGUUGGAUUUAAAGGUACACAACAAUUCAACCCCGCAAAUUCGGAUGGCUUUUCUUCUUUACAAACAAGCAUGUUCGAGCCCAAUCAGCCUCACUUGCGCCACUGGAGAAGAAUGCAGGAUGUUUCAGCUUCUUCAGUACCUACUAGCAUGAACUUGCAAGAUGCAGAUCGGAUUGCUGAAGAUACGAUCAGGCAUGAGUCUGAGGAUAAAGAAAAUAGCUCAACUGUAUGCACCGGUGAAUAUGGUGACCCAGACUCACUUUUGAACCUCUCGAAUGAGGAUGAGAUAUUGUUGGAGGACGUUGAAAAUUGUGCAGCUAAUAAAUGUUGUACUGAUAGUACUGGUGCAGUCAUCCAAGAUUGUAUCAAAGACGGUCAAGAAAAUGAUAAAGCAAAACCUGAACCCGAGUCUGUCACAGUUGGAGAAGUUGUUCCUUUGAUUGCUCCUAGUGCAACACCCGUGGUGUCCGAAGUAUCCAUGUCCUCUGUUCAUGGAGACCAACCAAUGAAUAGCCAGCCAGAGGUUGAUGCACCUUCAAAGUCAACUUUGAUUUCAGAUUUUACUGGACUCGGUGGUGGCAAGAUCUGCUGCACUUUGAACACCGAGGACACGGAAAUUCCAUGCAAUGAUGAUAUAUUCUUGCUUAUACAUCCAUCGACUUCAUUUGGUUCUUCUACAACACAGCCAAACUCCAUGGGUUCUAUGACAUCUGCUCAUCAAAAGGAUUAUGAACAAGGUUUAAAAUUCUCGAUGAAAGGAAAUGAAUCUGCAAAAUCUUCUGUGUGGCCUCAUAUGGUGGGCACACAGGCGGUGCACCCGCUUGUAGGUCAUACUGCCAAAACUAAACUUCAUGAUUCCAGAGAGCAGGCUUUACUUCCUGGAUUUGCUACCAAAACCAUUGGACAUUCCACUAAAGGUGGAUCACAGUAUGCAAUUCCAAAACAAUGCAGCAAUAGUCUGGUCAAGAAAGAAGUUGCUGGAGUUGAUAUAAAGGCUGGACAAAACUCAGCAACAGUCACUAAUAUAAUACAAUCAACAGAAGCAGGCCCCUCGAGAAGCCAACAUCCAGAAUCAGCUUUUGACGACUCAGAGUCAGAUGAAGUCGAAUCUGGAAUUGAUGACGAUGUACCUUAUUUUUCGGACAUUGAAGCCAUGAUACUAGAAAUGGACUUAGAUCCAUACGAUCAAGACUCCGGCAUUGUUAGACAAGUUCCAAGUUAUCAGUAUGAUGAGACCAAGAGAACCAUCAUAAGGUUGGAACAAGGUGCCCGAUCCUGCUUGAGAAGGGCUAUGACAUCACACGAAGCUCUUGCCAUCUUGUAUGGCCGCCAUUUGAGGCAUUACAUCACGAAACCCGAGGUUUUACUUGGAAGAUCAACUGAUGAUAUGGAUGUUGAUAUUGAUCUGAGGAAAGAAGGAAGAGCUAAUAAAAUCUCUAGGCGGCAGGCUAUUAUCAAAAUGGAGGCAGACGGUUCGUUCUUUCUGAGAAACUUAGGUAAGAGUUCAGUGUUGGUGAAUGGCGUUGCAGUAGCCUGUGGGCAGUUGCUGAACCUUAGCACAAGUUGUUUGAUUGAGAUAAGGGGGAUGAGUUUUGUGUUUGAGAUCAACCAAGAUUAUGUAAUGAAGAACUUGAGUAGAUAUUUCCUGAAAAAUAAAGGAAAGACGGGCAAAUCUGAUUGGUCGGCCGAGGACGAAUCAUGAGCAAUCAAAAGGGUUAAAAAGGUUCCAUGGUAAGUUAAUAUCUAGGCUUACAACCCCAGGUUGAAAUAAAUUGCUCCCCUGUAAAAUGUUAGUGUAGAUAUUCCGUGUUUUAGAGCUCGUUGAUCUAGCCGCAUUCCACACGCGCUGUCUGUGUGUUGUAUACUUUCUUGAUGUAUUAGAAAUUAAUGAGGUUUUUAUACACUUUGCCACUUUCAGCCACA